AUGUUUUGGAAGAUAAUCAGACUUGCCCUGUUGAAUGUACAGAAAGCGUUUUUAGUGAUUUUUUUCGAGCUUUGGGGAAGUGAAUUGUUAUUGCAGGGUCAUACUUUACCAGAAGCUGACAAUUUUGCAGAAGAUAUCGCACUUCCAACAGCACAUAUCAAAGCGAGGGCAAUAAGAACAAAGAAAUUGAAUAUAACCUGUAAGGAGUCGUCCGAAUUCAAGACACAGCAGUUUUCGAUACAUGAUUAUAAAGUACAAAAGUCUAUUCCAGUCAAUAUAAACAACUUAUUGUUACGCGCGCACGUUAUAAAAAAUACCGAGUGGUCGCAGCAACCGGCGGCCGGAUCAACUAAUAUCAUGGCAGCAGAAAAAGAGUAG